AAAACUUUCAAAAAAUUUCAUAAAGACAUGACUACUACACAAAUUUAAAUAUUAAAACAACUCUAAUAGUCAGGUAAGUUUGAUCCGGAACUUUCAAAAUUUUCAAAUAUUGUUUAGUUUUCUUUUGUGUAACUGAAGAUGGUUGUUGUUGUUGUUGAUGAUGAUGUCUUUUCGUGCAAUUAUUUCUUGUACUUAUUGAAUAUAUUCACGAAUAUUAAUAUCAUCGAUAAAAAUUAGUCUUUUAGCAAUAUUUUAUAUUUUUUUUAUUUUCUUGUUCUGAUCUAAUGUAUUUACAAGUAUUAAUAUCACCCGAUUUCAACAAUUUUUAUCUCUAAUCUACAAAUUAAAAAUGAAGAGAGCAAUUUUUACUUCGUAAUGCACUAGUAGAUCAUAUAUGCAUUACAAAAAUCACUUUAUGAAAUAAUAUGGUAUUUUCCUUAAUGUUUAAUAUUAAUUAAGUUAUUAUGUUUAAAAUUUUAUAUUUUAAUAUAAUAUUUUAUUAAUUAAUAUUAUUGUAAUAUUUUUAUAUAUGUGCUAGUUAUUUAUAAAAGUUUUAUGAAUUUAAAUUAGUAAUAAAAAAUAUAAGGACUAUAUUAUAAAAUACAAAUAGUUUUGAAGUUGAGUUUGAAGUUUUGCUUUUGGAGAAAAUCAUCUAUAAACUUCAAAUAUAGAGUUUUAGAAACUUCAAAAUAGAGUUUCUUUUUGGAGAUGCUCUGAUAACUGCUCUUUAGGUACAUCCUUCGGGUAAUUCACCUCUUCCUCAGCUACGUAACUAUCCUGUUAUCACGCAAACGACAUCAUUCUCAGAGUUUACAAAAAAAAAAGAGAAAACUUUUCUAAUAAAUAGUUUUUUUAUUAAUUUCCAAAUAUAUAUACCUACAAAUCUUAACUAUAUUUAAUUUUUAAAUAAAAAAAUAUCCGAAAAAUACUAUUUAUAAACAGAAUUAUCCAAAGUAAUAAAUUAAUCAAAUAUUUUUGUUCGAAAUAUUAAAAAUUAUCCCAAUUAUCUACUUUAGUAUGCACAGACAUAUAUUGGUUAUAAGGUAUCUUAAAACUGUUUAUAAUGAAUGUAAAUGUGAGAUUCAUGUCAAUACUAUCAAAACAGGAACGUGUUUCAUUGAUAUUAGUUCAGUCUAUUUAAAAAAUAUACAACAUCUAAAUAUAACUACAAAAUAUAACUGCAUUUUUAUCUUAGCCCCACGUCCUCCACUAUCUCUUUUAAUCCUGGCUAAACCAAAGUUUGUAUCAAUUUCAAGUAUAUUAAGGACAUUUAAUGAAAGACCGGUUGAUACAACAAAUUCCAAUGUUUCAAGACUCACUUUUCUCAUACACAUAACAGUCGAUAUUUUUUUGGAUAAAAUAAAUAGUUUAUUUGAGCAUGCGAAAUAAAUUACUAAUAUAUGCUCGACUAAUAUAUACAACUAAAGCUAAGUGUAAUCAUAUUUUUCAUGCGUGAUGCCACAAUAUAAUUUGACAGCAGGUGCCUAAUUGUUGUAUAUAAUUAGUCAGUUUCCCUUAUAAAAUACAGGUUUCCUCAACAAUAUAAUGAUAAUGAAUGACUUUGACUGAUUUUCUUUGUGCAGUUUAGUAUUGACGUUAAUAUGAGUUUGCUUAUCAAGUUUAAAAUGAUUUUUAAUAAAAAUAAUUAAUCAUUCAAACUAAUUAAAAUUCAUUUACUAGAUUUAGUUUUGCUUAAAAUUAACAGGCCCUAUUAAGCAAAAUGUAUCUCCCAAACUACCUUAUAUGGGUCAAUACAUAUUUUGUAACUUCCUGUCCAAAAUUAUCGGUGGCAACUUCUUUCUAAUAUUUAUAUUAUCCAACAGUUAUAUAGUACAUAACAAUUAUUUUUUCCUUUACCAAAAUUACGUUUACUACUUUCAAUAGUAUUCCACCCAAAUUUUUUAUUUCUUUUGUGUUAUUCAAUAACCUCAACAUUUUUCUUUUUAGAAUUUUAACUUUUAAUUUGAUUAACUAGAUUAUGACCGUCCUUUGAAAAAGUGAGUAUAUUUUUUGUUUCAUAUUUAAAAAAAAAUUAAUUUUCAUAUUUUUGUUUAUUUUGGUAAUUAUAUUUGUAUUUUUUUUUGUAAUUGUACAUGUGCAUAAAUCUUAAUCAAAAUCUAUUUAUAAAAUAAUAACAAUUAAAAUUGAUUCGGCAUACAUUUUUUCUUUGUAAUCAUAUUUUUCUAUUUAGAUCUCGACCAAAAUGUUACAUAAUUAUAGAAACAUAAAAAAAAUAUUACAAACCGACAUUAUACCUGCGGGUCAAAAUCUGGAACAUACAAAUAUGAUUACAAAAAACAGAUAUACAGACAUAUGAUUACAAAGAACCGAACAUAUAACUUUUAAAUUGCUAUUAUUUUAUAAAAUAGAUUUUGUUUAAAUUUAUACGUAGAUGCGAUUACAAAAAAAAGCACAAAUAUGAUUAUAAGAACAAAAAUAAAUAUAAAAAUUAAAUUUUUAAAGAAAAUUAAAAAAUAUACCCGCCCUUUCAAAGGGCAGGUCAGAAUAUAGUUAUUGUUAAUAGUAAAAAAUGGCGUGUUAAUAUAAUUUAAAUAUUUAUUUUCUCAGUAACUAGUAGAAGGGAUAUGAAUAAGUCUUUUUUCCUUUUGAUAGAUCAGUAACUAGUAGGACGAAUUUGAAUAACUCUUUUUCUUUUUGAUAGAUGCCACAAUGAGUGAAUACGAAGCGAACAAACUCUUUAAAGAAAACUAAAAAUUAAAUUUUCUUAAAAUAUAUGAUUGUCUAUUUAUUUCCCACUUAACUCAUUUGGCCAACUCUUCUCACUAACUAAUUUUCAUGAAUUAAUGACUCCUUAUACAAAAGUCUUUCCCUCUGUAAUUAUAGAUGUACAGAAAACAAGAAUAAAAUAUAGAAGAAUCACAUACACUUUGCCAAAGUCAUGACUCUGGAAAAAGAGUUUAUUUCAACAUGAUAUUUAGCAUUCAUGGAUAAGCCAAGUCAUGACUAGUUUUUCCAUAACUUUGUUAUAGGUAUUUUAUACUGAACUAAACAAAAAUUAAAAAAAAAAUACAUGAAUUUUAUGGAUUAUAUUCUAUAUCGAACUAAACUAAAAUUCAAAAUAUUACAUAAACUCUCAAAAUCGUGCUUAUAUAUAAUAUAUAUAUUGAUUCUUGAUGAUGUUAUUCUAUCAUUAAUUUAUCAAAACGACAUUAUUUUUCAUAAAUUUUUAAAAUUAAAAAUUUAAAAAUGCUACAUAAAAUCUCAAAAUCUUUCUUAUAUAUAUUGACCGUCAAAGAUAAUUUUAUCAAAAUGACGUCAUUUUGUUUUGGAUAGUUUCUGUAAAAAAUGAUAAAUUCUGUAAAAUUUAAAAUUAGUUUUUGGGAGAUUCAAACUCUCACAUUGAUAGAUACGUAAGAGCAUAUUAACUGAUAUACCAAAGUAAAUUUCUUUUAUAAAUGUGUAAACAUUGACUUAUAUAUAAGUUUUAGUUUAAUCAGAUAAAUGUUAUAAAAAAUUAAUGUUUUAGUUUUAUUAAAUAAAUAUAAGCUUUCUUAUGUUUUUAAAAUUUAAAUUUAAAAAAUCAUUAUUUUAUAAAUUUAAAUUAAUUUAUUAAUUUUAAUAUUUUCUUAUUCAAAUAUAUUGUAAAAUUAGGAUUUUGUGUUGUUUAUGCAUAUAAAGAUUUAUUUAAAAUACAAUUAAAUUUUUACAAAGAUUUUUCAAUUUUUAAUAAUUUUAAAAGUAACAAUUUAGAUUAAUAAAUUUUUUUUGAAAAUUUAACAUUAUUUUAAAAAUUUGACGGCACGGUUUUGAGAGUUUAUAUAAUAUUUUUGAAUGUUUGUUUAAUUUAGUAUGAAAUAUGUAUUACUACAAAGUUCGGAAAUGAACAAAGUACAAAUUUUAUGUAGUAUUUCUGAAUUUUUAUUGAGUUCAAAAUGAAAUACAUACUACUGUAAAGUUUGAAAGAUAUAGUCACGAGAAAUAAAGUUCAGAGUUUAUUUUUCCCAAUGCUCUCUUCUUCCAUAAUAUUUAAUCAUUUUCAAAUAUAGUAUAAUAAAAAUAAGAUAUAUAAGAACACGUGUGCAUUUGAUAUUUAAAAGAAUGGUGUUAAAGGUUUUUUAUUUUAAAAUUAAAAAUAAGUUGAAAUAUAAAAUAUGAGUGGUUGAACUUUUAUUGAAAAACAAAUAAAUCUUUAAUCUAAUAAAAAUAGAGCCAAAACAUAAUUCACCAACUAUAUAUAUUUAUUCCCACCAACCUCAUUCAUCCACUGAUUAAAUACAGCCCUUAAAAAUAAUUAUCCUGUAGUAGGUUUGACAAUAAAAAUAUCGAUGGACGGUUCGUCUAUAUAUAUAUAUAGACCCAACCCAAGCAGUCGUAAUAACAGAACCAAACAUGGAUUUCAAUGAGCUGUUUCUUCUCUUUGCUCUCUCCCUUAUCCCUCUUUGUUUCUUGAUACUUCGUCCAAAGAAGAGUAAAGGUACAGCGCCUAUGGUCCCCGGAGCAUGGCCGGUGGUCGGCCAUUUACCAAUGUAUCGCUCUGUAAAGCCACAAGCACAUGUUGCGUUCGGGGCCAUGGCCGAUGUGUACGGACCCGCGUUCAUGACGAAAAUUGGUUCUCGCAACGCCCUGGUCAUAAGCAGCGAAGAGGUGGCUAGAGAAGUCUACACCGUCCACGACAAGUUCUUACGUCGACAAGACAUGAUUGCAUGUGAAAUUUUAGGAUACGAUGGCUUGCUCCCGUUGGUUAGUCCUCAGGGAGCGUACUGGAGAGAGAUACGGAAGAUAGUGAUAUCACAACUUAUGUCAGCCUCAGUGGUUGAUACGUUAAAGGGUCGUAGAGCCGGAGAGGUUGACGUGGCGUUCAGAGACUUGUACGUGAGGUGGGAGCAGCACAAUGGUCGGCCUCAUCAAAAAGGAGUCUUGGUGGACAUGAAGCCAGAGUUUAUCAAUGUCGCCACAAACAUGACGGUGAUGAUGGUCGCGGGGAAGAGAUAUUACGGGAAUAGUCCCAACUGCGAAGCGGGAGAAGCAAGAAGAAUCGGGAAGUUGAUUCUGGAGGCAGUCCAGAACUUCGGUCGCUACUCUAUAUCUGAUUUUAUACCAUACCUGGGUUGGUUGGAAUGGAAGGAAAAGAAGAUAAUGAAGAGAAUGGCUCAAGAGUUGGACUGUGUUUUUGAAUCUUGGAUUGAAGAGCACAAGAAUAAGAGGGGAGAGAGUGAAAAGGAUUACUUGGACAUGGUCCUUGAGAGCAUUGAACAACACAAGAUUCUAGGCUCGAGUGAUGCUCAUAAAACCGCUAAAGCCGUCUGCCUUAACAUGGCUAUUUCUGGGAGCGAUGCAGUUGUUGCGAUUCUAGUUUGGGCUGUAUCGUUGCUCGUGAACAACCAGCACGUGUUGAGGAAAGCUCAGGAAGAGUUGGACCGCACAAUCGGUAAUCAGAGAGUAGUGGAGGAGUCCGACCUCAAAGACUUGGUUUAUCUCCAAGCCAUUGUCAAGGAAACAUUUCGUUUGUACCCUCCAGCCCCCUUCGUCGCUUAUAGGGAAACGACCGAAGAUUUUGUCAUUGCCAAUGGCAACUUUCAUAUUCCCGCAGGGACACACGUGAUGGUAAAUGAGUGGAAGGUCCAGAGAGAUCCGACUAUUUGGCCAAACCCGGAAGAGUUCGAGCCAGAGAGAUUCUUGACAUCUCACAAAGAAGUGGAUGUUGGUGGGAAGAUGAAUCAUAAGCUCUUUCCAUUUGGGUUAGGACGACGAGCUUGCCCCGCAUCUCUUUUAGGUACGAAGAUGGUUCAGUACAUCCUGGCUAGGUUCUUACACAGCUUUGACGUGGCAAACCCAUCAAACCAAAACGUGGACAUGACGGAGGACAACAACUUGGUCAAUCUCAAAGCCACUCCUCUUGAAGUCUUCAUUACUCCUCGGCUGCAUGAGUCCCUCUACCUUGUUGAUAGCAACAGCGAAAACUUCUCCAACAAGGCUUAAUGAAUAAUAUUACAUCGAUCUUAAUUUGGUCAAGAAUCUGCUAGCAAAUAAAAGAACUUCCAGUCUUUCUUUGCAUCACCUUUUUCCUUCAUGUAUUUUUCGUAUUAUGGUUUCCGAUUGCUCCCGUAAUAAAUAAUGAAAUAUUUUUAUGGGUAAACUGUAAAUAUGACUUGGAAAAAAGAGCUCCGUACUGGUUGAAAUA